AUGGCCGCCGCCACCACUUUCUACGACUUCGAGCCCGUCGACAAGAAGGGCGAGACUUUCCCUCUCACCUCCCUCCAGGGCAAGGUCGUUCUCGUCGUGAACACCGCCUCCAAGUGUGGCUUCACCCCGCAGUUCGAGGGCCUCGAAAAGCUCUACCAGACCUUGAAGGAGCGCUACCCCGAACAAUUUACCAUCCUCGGAUUCCCCUGCAACCAGUUCGGUAGCCAAGACCCCGGCUCCAACGAUGACAUCCAAUCCUUCUGCCAGCUCAACUAUGGCGUGACAUUCCCCGUGCUCGGCAAGCUCGAUGUCAACGGCAGCGAGGCCGCCCCCGUCUUCACCUGGUUGAAGGAGCAGCAGCCUGGCCUCAUGGGCUACAAGCCUGUCAAGUGGAACUUCGAGAAGUUCCUGGUUUCUGCCGACGGAAAGGUCGUUGGUCGCUGGAGCAGUCUCACCAAGCCCGAGUCUCUGCAAGACCCUAUCGAGAAGGAAAUCGCGAAGGCCAAGGCGGCUGGCACUCUUUCGUCCUAG